CUGUUGCUUUAUCUUACACACUCAUUCAACAGAAUUACAGCACAUCGACUAGGAGCUUAUGUGGGCACUGUCUGAUCUGUGUUUAUGCGAUUAGAAAGAAUUAUUCCAAUAUGGAGGAAAGAGGUCGCAAAGCUACUACUGUGCAGACGCGGGCACUCCUACGCCUUCAGUCUCCCUCUGCCGUUCAUUGGUCCAUUUAGCAUCUUCAGCACCACGCAGGCUGAACAGCGACACACAGCCGUGCAGCUUCCAUCAAAUGAGGAUGCCGAGCGGCCCAAUACACGGUUAAUAUGAUUACUGUUUCUCUGAUAUUAUGUAGCCAUAAUAUCAAUGUUUCAUCAGCCUAUAACAUAUGUUGACAGUCGGUUUAUUUGCAGCUCACCGUCUCCCCCGAUUUGAUCGGGAAAGACCUGCCUGUGUCGUCUAACUCUGCAGGAGGAAGCUGUUUUUCCCAUCCCAAAUGCUCGGACUCCAAGGUUUUGUGCGUUUCACCGGGUUUCCCUCCCGUCGAGGCGACAGGCAUGACGGACAGUAACGCCGCCGCUCAGGUUACAGGCAGCAGCAGCAGCAGCAGCAGCAGCAGCAUCUCACGCACAGUGGCGCGUCAACAAGCCUCGAAGCCCGACCACAGGGUCCCCCUGCCUGCGCCCCGGUGUCCGCCGGUCCCCGGACGCCUGUUGUGACAUGACAGCUCGGGGAAGGAAGAAGAGGAUCAAAGGUUACAUGCAGGGGUCCAAGCAGGAGUGCAGUCGGCUCGGAUCCUCGAGGAGAGGGCACACGGAAACAGACAGUGUGCACUGUUUGAGUGGAGAGGAUACAAUCAUACCUGUAUCAAAAAUUCAUGUGACACUUUAUUAAUCCCCGCAGGGUGUUUCUCUUGUGGCUUGCAGCCUCCAGAGAGGUCAGAGCACGGGCUUAGCCCCUGAGCAGCGCCCCAGGAGCCGGUUGAUGUGCCCAUACAUCAGCGAAGCAGGUGCCUGUUGACACAGGGGGCUUGAGCCUGGAUCCUGGUCUCACUGGACCCAGCGGCCCCGCUUGUUGUGAUCUCACAGAAGCCUUAUUGUGAUUCUGAUUAGGGCCUACAGCGUGGUAGCACCCACAUUUGCCUUACAGUUUCAUCUGAUGCACGGCCUCAUAGUGUUGACACUGAGCGAGUCCCGGUCAGCAGUGCUGUUCCCCAGGCCCGGCAGGCUCACUUGGCUGCUCCUGACCAUCACCUUCACGUGCACAGCCAUGGGCUGCAUCCAGAGUAUCGCCUGUAACAAGUCUCGCAUAAAACGGGAGAACAUAGUGGUGUACGACCUGUCCGCUACCAUAGACCACUGCCCGACUGUCAUUGAGGAGAACUCGCCUAUAGUGCUUAGGUACAAGACGCCCUAUUUCAAAGCCUCGGCGCGGAUUGUGAUGCCCCCCAUUGCGCGCAAUGAGACAUGGGUGGUGGGCUGGAUCCAGGCGUGCACCCAGAUGGAGUUUUACAACACCUAUGGAGACGUCGGCAUGUCGAGCUGGGAGCUACCUCAGCUACGAGAAGGCAUGGUGAGGGCCAUCAGCGACUCAGACGGUGUGAGUUACCCCUGGUACGGAAACACAACAGAGACUGUCACCAUUGUGGGUCCCACCUCUAAGCCAUCCCGCUUCCUCGUUAGCAUGAACGACAAUUUUUAUCCCAGCGUUACCUGGGCUGUGCCGGUCAGUGAAUCCAACACGCCCUUACUGACUAACAUCAAAAGGGACCAGAGCUUCACCACCUGGCUGGUGGCGCUCAACACCACGUCCAAGGAAAAGAUCCUGCUCCACACCAUCAAGUGGAGGAUGAGGGUCGAUAUCGCAGUGGAUCCGUCCCUGCCUCUGGGCUCCAGGGCCAGGCUGGUGGGCCGGGUGCACCAGGACCAGCCGCGGGUGCUGACCCGCAUGGAGCCCAUCACUGCUAACGCCAUGGGGAGGCCCAACGCCAACGACGCCCAGGUUCUGAUGUGGAGGCCGAGAAGAGGGCCUCCGCUUGUUGUCAUACCACCCAAGUAGAGCGUUAAGAGCAUCUGAUUGGCCAUUAGUUAUACCACCUCGUAGUGGGUCACUUCAUUGAAACUGCAUAAAUGAUAAUCAGAUUAACCAGAAAAACUUAAGAUCUAUAAGCAGGCUGAGACUUGUGCCAAUGGCCCAAAUCAGAGUUGCAGUUUUUUUUUGCGUGUAAAGUAACAAGGGGACAACUGCCUUAAUUUCCCCACCGCUGCCUUUGACGAUCAAUAUAGUAUGGUGGUCUCCACUUCUGGUGCUGUUGAGCUGUUAGGCAUCCAGGCCUUCACUGCAGCCCAGCACAACUGAGCAAAGCUAACUUGGAAAUCCGCCAUUAGUACUGGGAUGUAACUCAAACCUGUAUUGUAGCUACUCAGUACCAGAAAGAAAUGAUCAAGCCUAAACACGGGCCCUGUUUUAAAAAAAGGUUCUUCAGCCUUAAUGAUGACAUAAUACUCGCCUGCUCUGUACUGUAAAGUGCUGUGUAAGAGUGCAACCAAGGAAAGGGGAUAGUGUUUGUGUGCCAUACAACACUGCUGCGGGGUGUAUUCAUUACAGACAAAGAGAACUGUAAUAUUAACUGAAAUGUUACAGGAUGAUGUGCAGACAUUUAUAUUGUGUGUUUUCUAUAAUGGAGACCCAGGGUUGGGUCCAGGCUUGCUGCUUUGUCACACCAGACUGCCUCUUUCACACUCACACUCACACUCACACAUGGGCCUCAUACAUGAUUAUGCUACAGGGAGGGACAUUUUUCAAGAUGAUUUAUAAACAGAAAGAUUGUCCAAGAAACAUGCAUCCUUAGAGCUACUUUGCUUUUUUAAAUAUCACAGAAAAUGUAGACAUCACAGCUUUUGGAUUUCAUGAUAUGCACACAAUUUGUGCAUUGAAAGAAUCUUACAUGAAGCCCUGCAGCGGGAGUUUUGCUUUUCAAUCACAAAUGGCCAGUUGAUCCAAGCUGCAGAGCUUCUCCCUCCCUGCCUUUUGAAAUCCAGUGAUGCCUGUGUUGGCGACAGCCUCCAAUAGUAAAGAAACAUUGUCUUUCCCCGUCCCAUCUAAUCAGGUUUGUGAGAUGAAAAAGCAAGGUGACUUUAUUUUACAAUGAAUUAAAUGAGUCUGUCUUCGGUGGCUGUAUGAGGCCAAACAGAGCUAUAACACAUCUUUAAGAGCAAAGAUUGCCGUGAAAGAGAACUGUAUUUACACAAGAAGACUUAAAGCAUCGGCUCACCUAAAGUACCAAGAAAACAUUUAGCUGUGCAGACUUUUUCGGAUUUUAUUUGGCCAAGUCUUGAAAUAUCAUAUUGUGAGAUUUGUUAAUUACAACCAAUACAAUGGAGAUGAAUGAAAUGUCUUUAGUGACCAAAGCUUUGACAAUACUGCAUUCAAACAGCCAUGCGAGCAGCUCUGAGGCUGUAGUUACAGUAAAUGCCAGCAUGCUCUCAAUGACAAUGCUAACGUGCUAAUGUUUAGCAAGUAUGUUUGACAUGUUAAUUA